CGCCUCUCCUCUCUGUCAGCCUCUCCUCUCAGCCAUUGGCUUCACAGACCAUCAGUCCUCCCUUCACAACAAUAGACCCCCACGCGCACACUCGCUCACGCGCCGGCACAAACGCGCACAGUGCUUUCGAGGAGCGUCGGUGAAAUGUUGGUGAAACUGCGGUUUGCCGACUCCCUUCUUUUCAGCUUCACAUUGGCGAGGAGCGCAGGGAAGCCUCUGCGAUGCGCUCAACCGGGGACGCGUCGGAGUUGAAAUAAGGGAAGCACGGGGGGUCGGCAGAGAAAAGAGAGAGGGGGAGAUUUUCUUACGAGGAUGACUGACUGGUGACAAAGAAAACGGGGAGCCCCCUCUGGCUUCGCUUGUCAUCCGUGAGAACUUGACGGAAGGCGUUUUGGGGGACCGGCUUACUUGGACAGCCAAAGAUUUUUUAUCAUCAUUAUUUUGUGGAGGGGCACCAUGCCUGUCCGGAGGGGUCAUGUUGCGCCACAAAACACAUUUCUGGGAGUAAUUAUUCGGAAAUUCGAAGGACAAAAUAAGAAAUUCAUCAUAGCCAAUGCCCGGGUACAGAACUGCGCUAUCAUCUACUGUAACGACGGCUUCUGCGAGAUGACGGGCUUCUCCCGGCCGGACGUCAUGCAGAAGCCAUGCACUUGUGACUUCCUGCACGGCCAGUUCACCACCCGGCACUCGGUGGCCCAGGUGGCCCAGGCGCUGCUGGGCUCGGAGGAGCGCAAGGUGGAGAUUACCUACCACCGUAAGGAUGGUUCAAACUUCCUGUGCGCCACCCAUAUCAUCCCUGUGAAGAACGAGGAGGGCGUGGUCAUGAUGUUCAUCCUGAACUUCGAUUACAUCCUGGAUGAAGGGAGCAGCGAUUCACUGAACAGACUCAACCACACCUCGCCAUCCAAAGCUGACCAACGAAAAGGGAGACUAUUUCGUUUCCGAUUCCCGGCCUUACCACUUCUGGGCAUCAGCAAGCAGUCCCUGCCCCAGGAAGACCCCGAUGCCGUCUUGGUGGACUCUCCUCGCCACAGCGAUGGCUCGGUGGCUACACGCGACUACCAACUUCCCACCACCCGCGAGAGCUGCAGUCCCUCUUACGCCAAUGACACCCGCGCCCUCAUCGGCCCCAGCCACUGUUCCACCCCUGUGUCCGGGCCUUUGGACCACUCGUCGCCCAAGGGCCCCUGGGAUCGGACAUACCCAGACCAGUCCAUCACCCAGACCCAGCACCAGAGCAAUGAGGACACGCUCAUUGCGGCUCCGUCAAUCCCGGGCCUCACUCCAACCGCCUCCAGAGAGAGUGUGUGCAGUAUUCGCAGAGCCUCCUCUGUACAUGACAUGGAAGGCUUUGGGUCCAACUCCAAGAUGGCGUUCAGGGACAGACACGCAAGUGAAGACAAUGGUCGCAAUAUUAAAGUGUCUCGCUCCUGGAUGGCUGGGGGCCCGCUCAGUCAGAUCAAAUCCAGCCUGCUCGGCUCCACGUCUGACUCCAACCUUAACAAGUACAGCACUAUCAACAAGAUUCCCCUCAUCACACUCAACUUCUCUGAGGCCAACAAUGAGAAGAAGUGCCCCUCCCCUCCGUCCUCUGAGAAAACCAUCAUCGCCCCAAAGGUCAAAGACCGGACGCACAAUGUCACCGACAAGGUCACGCAGGUUCUUUCUCUGGGUGCAGACGUGCUGCCUGAGUAUAAGCUCCAAACACCACGCAUGGACAAGUGGACCAUCCUUCACUACAGUCCCUUCAAAGCAGUGUGGGACUGGCUCAUCCUGCUGCUGGUCAUCUACACCGCCAUUUUCACACCCUACUCUGCUGCCUUCCUCCUCAAUGACAUCGAGGAGCAGAGGAGGCGGGAGUGCGGCUACUCCUGCUCACCCCUCAACGUGGUGGAUCUGAUAGUGGACAUUAUGUUCAUCGUGGACAUCCUUAUAAACUUUAGGACCACGUACGUCAACACCAACGAGGAAGUGGUCAGCCACCCGGCCAAGAUUGCCAUCCACUACUUUAAAGGCUGGUUCCUCAUAGACAUGGUGGCUGCCAUCCCGUUCGACCUGCUCAUCUUUGGCUCAGGAUCAGAUGAGACCACCACUCUGAUCGGUUUACUGAAGACAGCCCGUCUUCUACGGCUGGUACGAGUUGCCCGUAAGCUGGACCGGUAUUCAGAGUAUGGUGCUGCCGUCCUCAUGCUGCUUAUGUGCAUCUUUGCCCUCAUCGCUCAUUGGUUGGCCUGCAUCUGGUAUGCCAUUGGCAACGUGGAGAAGCCUUACCUGGAGCAUAAGAUCGGCUGGCUGGACAACCUGGGGGUGUCGAUAGGAAAAAAAUAUAACUACAGUGACCCCAGCUCGGGCCCCUCCAUCAAAGAUAAGUACGUCACAGCACUCUACUUCACCUUCAGCAGUCUGACCAGUGUGGGCUUUGGGAAUGUCUCCCCCAACACCAACUCUGAGAAGAUCUUUUCCAUCUGCGUCAUGCUCAUUGGAUCUCUAAUGUACGCCAGCAUCUUUGGGAACGUGUCCGCCAUCAUCCAGAGGUUGUAUUCAGGUACAGCCAGGUAUCACCUCCAGAUGCUACGGGUCAAAGAAUUCAUUCGCUUCCACCAGAUCCCAAACCCACUGAGGCAGAGGCUGGAGGAGUAUUUCCAACACGCCUGGACGUACACCAACGGCAUCGAUAUGAAUAUGGUCCUGAAGGGUUUCCCAGAGUGCCUGCAGGCGGAUAUCUGCCUCCACCUCAACAAGAACCUCCUCCAGGGCUGUAAGGCGUUUCGUGGGGCCACCAAGGGCUGCCUCCGGGCCCUGGCCAUGAGGUUCAAGACCACCCAUGCUCCCCCUGGAGACACCCUAGUCCACUCUGGAGAUGUGCUCACCGCACUCUACUUUGUCUCCCGUGGCUCCAUAGAAAUCCUCAAAGAUGACGUUGUUGUGGCAAUCCUCGGUAAGAACGACAUUUUUGGCGAGAUGAUCCAUCUCUUCACCAAGCCAGGGAAAUCCUGUGCAGACGUGCGGGCGCUGAGCUACUGUGACCUCCACACCAUUCAGAGGGAGGAGAUCCUGGAGGUGCUGGACAUGUAUCCAGAGUUCGCCGACCACUUCCUCACAAACCUGGAGCUGACCUUUGACCUCCGUGAUGAGAAGGCGACAUGCACACAAGCAGCUGAUUCUAACACAGAUGACAUCGAGUGUCGAAGACGAGUGUCCUACAGAAGGAAAUCCUCCACAGGCUCCCACAACAAGGAGCCAGCGGCCACCUACUGCGACACCAAGCAAGGGAGGCAGAUCUACGCCUCCUCAGCAGCUGAGGAGAAGAGAGAGUCCGCUGAGGAGGGAGAGGACGAGGAGGAUGAGGAAGAGGAAGAAGGCAGGGAGGAGGAAGAGGAGCAGAGGCCCUUGUGUUCUGCUGUGCUGGGCUACCCUGUGGUUAGGGACCACACUGUGGGACUCGGGCUGAGCAGCGCUACAGACGCACAGGCUGCAGACAACAUGCAGAAUCAGACAUAUAAAGAGCUCCAUAAAGAUGAGUGGGUGUGUCAGCGUCCCAACGAGGGUGCAGAGGAGUCAGCCCAGUGUCAAGAGACGCCAGCCGGGGAGGAUGACAGCGACACAGACCUCACCUACGGAGAGGUGGAGCAACGGCUGGACCUGCUGCAGCAGCACCUCAACAGACUGGAGUCCCAGAUGACUGCAGACAUCCAGGCCAUCCUGCAGCUCCUCCAGAGGCAAACAGCGUCAGGCCCCCCCGCCUACAGCACUGUCACCUCUAGCCCCGAGUACCAGAGGCCAGCCAUCUGGGUCCAGCCGGUGUCUGCCAUCCAGACAGAGCUCAGCCUCGCUCCUGCACCGCCUCGGCCACAGAGUCCUGGCCCAGAGCAGGCCCAGAACAAGUCCAAAGAAACCUCCCCAGACCUUCUUCGCACAGAGACUCUUCCAGACGGGAACUUUGCUGGACUGCUCGAGAGCGACAUGGACACAGAGCAGAGACACACGCAAAACAGCAUGGACUCAGUAGAACAGCCCCCGGGGUUCUCAUCAGGCCGACAAGCCUCCCUACCUGAUGUCCCCAGCAGCUCAGGAAUGUUGGGACUCCACAGACCAGUUUCUGACCCUGGGCUUCCAGGAAAGUAGGCGUCCCCGAGCCCUUCGACGUCGACCGAAGGUGUCCUCUCAAGCUUGACUCAGGGUCUAAGAAAGAGACUGUAUAUGCAAAGGCAAACAAACUGUAGACUUUCUUCCAUUCCUUUUCGGAAACCCUCCCAGCCCCCUGCCCUUCCAGCUCUCGGAUUUAGAUGUAUAAAGUCCAUUUAUACAGAGGUAUUUAUACACUAUAUUAUUACCACAUGUAAAGUCGUCAUCUACCCUGUACAUACUUCAAAUAGAACACUGCCAGCAACACGAGGCACCUGACGUGCUUUUUCUAAAAGAGAUAUGCAUGUUUUCCUUUCUCAUGGGUUCUUUUCCUUUCUGUCGCAUGUUCCUCACACACUCACUGCAACUCACCGGGCAAUCAGGUGUGACCUUGGCAUGCUUACAGACUACUGUAGCUAUCAAGUCUCAUUUUCUAUGACUCUUCCCUCUUCACAGGGACAAAGCUACUUGAAACUCUUUCCGAGGCAUUUCUAUAUUCCACUCCACGGCUUUGAAGUUCACCUGUUGUGAGCAGCUCCGAACAGUCGACGCAGUUUCAAACUCACAAGGAGAUCCGUCUGUAUAUUUAGCGUGCCUACUGUACACAACUUCGCCACAACAGAUGAAAAUCACUUCUUAUUCAGCUCAAAGUACAGAACACUGUAAUAGUAAUAACGUGUGUAGAGGCUGCAUGAACCUUACAUAGCACAACAAGACUUAUGUCAAUCUUUGAGAGCAAUAAUGAUGAACCAGUACAGGAACGAACUGAAUCUCGGUAUAUUUCUAGAGUUUAAUGUACUCUGGAGAUCAUUUUAUACAACCUGAACAAAGAAGAGAGCAUCUUUAACAGCAUUUAUGUUGCUAUGUUAAGAUCUGUAUGUGAAUUCAACAGCUCAACCUUGACACGCAGAACAUUUGAAAGACAACAAAAUGAAUGCUUCAAGUUUUGGAUUUCGUAGAUUUGAAAACAUAAUUACCAUACAACAACCUACAUCCUAUCAAUACCACGUAAGCGUAGCUGUGGGGUAUUUGCAGUUGCAAUCAAAACUUGUGAGGGAAAUUUCUGUUCCAGCAGUUUGGGGAUUGUAAUGAUUCCUACAGCUGUUCUUUGUUUCUUUCUGCAGUUAUUUAUGAUGAAUCUUGGACAUCUAACCAUCCGGACCAGUAGUCUCUCAGCAGAAGGUGACAGUUUGAGUUUUCUUCCAGACAACUGUUUCCAGUACUUGUAUUUAAUUAUACAGUAGUCGUUUGCACUAGUGUCAUCCAAAAUAACAUACAUAGCAUUUCUGAAUAGUUGAAAUGGAUUCAAUGCUCAAUUUCUGCUGCACUUUCUCGCUCUCUUAUUGUUAAUAUUUACUACAGUCACUGUGCUGUUCUCCGCGACUAACCAAGAAUGGAAAAGUUGUUGUUAUCAGCUUAUUGUAUUUAUCUUUUAAUUAGAAUUUUAAAUUCUUCAAAGUAAGUUUCAAAGUAUUGUAUUGAAGGUAGAAAUUCCACUAUCAUGACAACACUAGUUUACACUGACCUACAAAAAAAAAGUCGAAAAGAACCAAGGUUUAGUCCCUUUUUUUGACAUUUCUCAUCAUUCUGUAAUAGAAAAAGAACAGUUGUAGAGCUAAAGGAAUACUUCACCUGCAAAAUGACUAUUUUUUUUUAUCAAUUACUAACCAUGAAGACUUUCUCACAAGCCUCUUUGGCAGGACCCCCCCAAACUACCAUUUGUAAUGGCAAUUUGACACAUUUACCCUCAUCAAAAAAAAAUACAGCUCCUGGAAUUUGGAUUUUGCACUUAUCCAUAAUGCAAAAUUUAGCUGUGCAGCUCUACUACUGAACGGAGAAUCCAACAAUGGCAAACAUUUUUUAUAACCUGAAGAAAAUGUGGACUCAGGUCAGUAAAGUCUCACGCAGGGUCAAGUGGUGUUCCUGGGCAUGUGCAUUCCUUUGAACUCCGCUCAAGUGGAGCUUGUACACACGCACAUGCUCAGGGCGCACUACUCAAAGGCUGAAGUGUUUUGAAUUGUAAUGUUUCAGUGAAAACGCAUUUGGGAAGUACUGAGCAUCCGACUAGAUCCGUGAGACUUAGAUUAUACUGCAUGAUGUGUGAGAGUAAGACAAAGUUUUCUUGACAAAUUCAAGGUAACAUGGUGAGUAAUUGAUAUACAAAUGGUAAUUUUGUGGGUGAAGUUUUCUUUGAAAAUCCUUAAAAUGCCUCGACAUGAUACCCCUUAAAAGUGUAUGUGCAGCUUUGAUUGCAAUUGUGACGCUGCCACACAGACGCCACAUCCAUACGUUCUAAAACCCUGACGAUCCUACAUGGUAGUUUUUAGUUGCAUGCUUUAGGUCUUCCAUCAUCCUCUUAAAAGUACAAUUUCCUAGAUUAAAAAAAUUGGGGGGGGGGGGGGGGACAGAAGUUUUUUCAUGUUUUGGGCCGAGGACACAGGCCAGCCUCCGAUAGCCUUAGCUUUAUAAGCCUGCUCUAGCCUUUGACAGACGACAUCAGUUCAAUGCAGCGGAAACCUGCUUCUCCACCGUCAGAUGUAAAUGUACCGAACCAUUUUAGGGUGAUCUGCAUGACAAAUGAAUUAGUCAUUUUAGUUUUUUAACUACAUAAAUUCCAACACAAGCUCAUGUAUUGCAUGGAGACUGCACUUGACUAAAUUAUAAAAGGUCUCAAUCAGCUGUGUGUGACAUGUAUUGCUUUUUAAGGUACAGCACAUAAACUCAUCCAGAGAGAUUUAGAAAUAACCGUUAGACCUAUUUUUCUAAAACAAAGUAUUUAAUUUGCCAUUAUUUUUCUAUGUACCUCAUUGUUUUUAAACCCCCUGAUGUUAGGCAGAGUGCUGUGGACUGCUGAUGGAAGGAUGAUGAUGAUGAUGAAUGCAAUGCAUAGCCUCUCAAUGUAGCAAGUAAGAUUUCAGAGACAGGCUUUAAGCUGGGUGCUGCAUUUACUGUAUGCUAUUGAAAUAGUUUGUUAUGAUUUAAUAUUGCACAUUGAUUUUCAUAUCAUUUCUGCGGAGUUUUGACUUUACCCUUAUUGAACAGUGAGUUGACACCCAACACUUUGCUGUCAUCUAAAGCCUGGGCUUCAUCUAGUCCCCUGACUCCUUCAGUGGAAACCUGAGAGGUCAGAGAUAACGGGGGAAUAUUAGUUAAGAUGGAUGAGAUGAAAAAGGACAAUACAGAUGAUCCAGCAGAGCGCGGGGUGUUUUAUUUGAUAAGCUUUCUUUCUCGAGCACAGAUGUAGAACAAAAGUUGCUAAAGCCUAACUCGACACAUCCAACGCCUGAACAGUCUACUGAACUUUCAUGGGAUUUGCAAACUUUUGCACAGAUUAGAAAACUUGCUGUACUGGAUAUAAAUGUCACUUUUUAAACCUAGUGCUGUUCACAAUUGUUUUUAUGCAUUUUUUAAAUGUUUGCCACUGUAUUUUAUACAAUGCAACACUUAACAGCUAAUUUGAAUGUUUCUGUUCUUAACUAUAUUUAAAAAAAAAAAAAAAGAAAUAUAUUGUGUAAAUAGACGGGUGGGGGGCGCAAUUGUAUAAAUGAAUAAACAGAAUGCAUAAUGAUCAGAAAGUGUUUAAUGUGAGUAACAAAAUGUGGUCUUUACUACAACAGUGGGUGUGUGCUGAGGUUGAUUUCACUGC